AUGCUGCUGGCCGUACUCCUGUUGAUCGGAAAAUCCCUCGCCGCCGAAGAGCGGAUCUUCCUGGAGCUAGCCCAACACAAGGCACUCUGCCCCUUCAAGUACCGCCAAGACGUAGACCAGCACCGCUUACCAAGGGUCAUCGAGAAGGUCGAGUGCCAGAUUACAGGUCGGCCGCAGGUCACUUACGUGGACGAGCACGGGCGAUACAACAGAACAUGCACCUGCACUGAGAUCAUCACCCAACUGACAGUGGAGUACCGUAGAGGAAAUUCCUCCCGUAGUGAUAAGGUUAUCUAUCCGAUCGGCUGCAUGUGCGUCAACGACACCAGCCAGAGAUCCCUGCCCGCAGACAUCCAGAGGGUCGUGUGA